AUGGGCCUAUCAGCAUUUCAGCUGGUCUAUAGGAAAACAUGCCACCUACCAGUGGAGUUGGAGCAUAAGGCCUAUUGGGCCCUUAGACUGCUUAACUUUGAUGAAGCUGCAUUUAGAAAGAAGAGGAAGUUACAAUUGCUGGAGUUAGAAGAAAUAAGGAUGAACGCCUAUGAAUCAUCCAAGAUUUAUAAACUUAGGUUACUUCCUGGGAAGCUAAAGUCAAAGUGGUCAGGGACGUUUGUCAUCAAAGAAGUAAGACCCCAUGGAGCUAUGGAAUUGGUGGAUCCUGCAACGGGCACCCUUGAGAAAAAAUGGAUCGUCAAUGGACAACACUUAAAAAUUUACAAUGGAGGCCAGUUAGAAAGGUACCAGCUCACUAAGCCUCACAUUAGGCUUAGCGGAAACAAGCCAGUUGAUGGAAAAUGUGAUGAACUCGCUUAG